GACAGAGGCACCGACACGGCGCAAUGUGACGACGACGAAAGCAAUAUCGGAACCUUCAGCUCCUUUCCCGAACCGCAUCACAGCCGUGUUUGCCUUGUUCGGGUUACACAACAGGCGCCCCCCCACUCGUGCAUAUCAACCCAAGCCGGGGGCGCACACAAUCUUUCUUUCCACCCCAUCACCUUUCCACCUCUCAUAACCACCUCUCAUAACCUGGUCUCCUCCCCCACGAGACGCAGCAUGGCCAGCACCAUCUCUCCCUGGACUGUCGUCGCCGGUUUAUUCGCCAUCGUUGCAUUCGCCUUCGCCAUGCCUGAAAUUCGCGAGAUGUUCCGUGUGACCCUGUUCGGAUCGCGCAACAACAGAGGUGUCGCCUUCGAUCGCGCACGAGACAUUCCCUCCCUGGCAGACAAAGUCAUCCUCAUCACGGGCGCCGCGGGCGAUCUGGGAAGAGAGACGGCUACCGAGCUUGUGAAAUAUGGGCGACCGGCCCGUGUAUACAUCGCGGAUUUGCCAUGUGAAGAGAAGGUCAAGCAGGCGCUCAAUAAACGGAUUCUUGAGGCGGCGUAUGGGGCCGAAAGCGAUGGUGGUGACGAGAGCCCCAAAACCGAGAUACGCUAUCUCGAGCUCGACCUUACGUCCUUUGACAGUGUGCGGGGGUGCGCAGCCGAAUUUGUAGCCCAAGAGGCGCGGCUUGAUGUCCUGGUGCUUAACGCGGGCAUCAUACGAGUUGCGACUGGAACGACGAAGGAAGGCUACGAAAUGCACUUUGGCCUCAACUAUCUUGGACACGCUUUGCUUGCAAAGCUGCUGGUUCCAACCAUGCAGAGAUCUGUUCAUCAACACCCCGGUCUGGACGCGCGCAUUGUGGUCGUUUCAAGCGAAGGGUACGCCAUGGCACCUAAACAAGGCAUUGAAUUUGACAAGCUGAAGACAGAUGGCGCUCAUUUGGCAUACGCGCAGCGCUACGGGCAAAGCAAACUCGCCCUCAUUUACCUGGCCCGACAAUUGGCGCAGCGCAACCCAAUGCUUAAAACGGCCUCAGUUCAUCCGGGACGCAUUCUUACAGGCAUGGCGACCAGCUUGCAGAAGGAAAGUCUUCUGGUGCGUGUAACGAAGCCUCUCGCGCCCCUCGUCUGCGUUUCCGUAUCAGUCGGUAUCGCAAAUCAUCUGUGGGCUGCUACUAGUCCGGAAGUCGUGAGUGGGACGUACUACGAGCCAGUUGGAGUUCCAGGGAAGGAGACCGCUAUUGCUCAAGAUGAUGCUCUGUCAGAGAAACUGUGGGAAUGGGCCGAACGUCAAUUCGAGGGUGUUAAGGCGCUGUAA